ACCAUGGACCGGAUAAUUAUGCGCCAAUGACACGAUGCCUAUCUGCAUUGAAUGCUCCUAUCCGGUUUCCCACCUGUACAGCACUUACAGCCGUGCCGAUGACCGAUCGCUGGGCAAAGGCGUGCGCCUGACGCAAUGUCCGCGCUGCCAGCACUUUGCGGACAAAUACGUCGAGUAUGACUUUGUCGUGCUGUUUAUUGAUCUGGUUUUGAUCAAGCCGCAGGUGUACCGGCAUCUCCUUUUCAACCGGCUUGGAAGAGAUGAUAACCAAUUCGAUCGUUCCAUUAUCCGCCUUGGUAUCCUCCUUCUCCUCUUCGACGUCUACCUGACCUGGGCCCGCAUCGAAAAAUCGCAAUCCGUGACGUCCAGCUUCCUCAUCCACACCCCGAUCAUCGUCCAAUACUUCUUUUUCCUCACUCUAAACGCUCUCGCGACGCUUGCGCACCAUCUUACCGUUCGUUUGCUGGCGUUCGUGUUGGUCCCCAGACGUCGUCCCGCCGAUAGUGACACUGGUAAAAGCAGCGGAGGGAGCGCGAAUGAUGGCACCUUGACGAACCAACCCUCUACAUCUCACCCUUCUCCCUCAACCUGCUCGUCUUCCGGUGUUCAGCCUAAGGCUCCGCAAGCGCAAUCACAUACAGCUGCCGCGAAUCCGCCAGCGACAAGUCCACCGAAACCUUCGCAACAUGAUCCAGCCUCGCUGUCAUCGCCAUCUCUCGUUCGCACCAACAGCGCCUCCGGAAACCUUACUCCUCCCCUUCCACCACCCCUCCCUGUCGCACCUCCCUUGAGACGAGCGUCCACAGCCCCUAUCACAAACGUCCAACCCCUCCCGCCUCCGGCACCCGCAAGCCCAACGGCCAUCAGCACCGCACUGCUAGUCAGCAGCUGCGCAAAGCUCUUCCCCAUUCUCCUCGUCAUCUGGGGCCCAGACGGCAGCGGCGGCAACAAUGCCUCCUCCGAGACCUACACCCAAAACCCAACAGACAUCAUCAUCGCUCGACAGCAGGGUAUCCCGACAGCAAUCGCGACACUAAUCCCUGCGCCUACGUCCGGGUUGUCGCCUGCUAUUUCAUCAUUUACUUCGUCAUUACCCGGCUCGUGGCCAAUGCCUCCGUUGCCCGAGAGCUGGAUUGCCAAACUAGCCUCGAUGGUGCCUGUUUCUGCUCCCGCGAACCAGUAUUUGGCUUUGUUCUUGGAGUCGAUGGGUUCGCUUUUGUCGUUGGGGGCGGCGGAUACGCAUUUAGUGCUGUUGAGUAAUAUCGAGGCGUUGUAUAUCUUACUGGGAUGUGGAUAUUUGCGCGCUGUGGCGUUGGCGGUUGCAGGGUUAAUGGCUCGAUGGGCGGUCCAACGAGUAGUGUUAGGGGUUGUAGGAGUUGGUUAAUCUGUCUACAAUAGAAUUGCAUGUAUAGCUGUAAUAGAAGCAUGAAGAAUCUCUGAUAUUCCGCUAUAACAAUG